AUGGGGAUUCCGCAACAAUGUGGCAUUCUCCAAUCAAGAGGAAUUUUGAGGUCGUCUUCAACAUCAAUCCCAGCAAAAGGGGAGUCAAUUGAUAUAUGGACCCAGCCGUGGAUUCCAUGGCUAUCUUACAAUGAAUUUAGAGAUUUGUUGGAGGGAUGUCGGGAUCGUUUUCCUACUUUGCAAACAGUGGCUGAUCUAUCAUUGAAUGGGAAUGAAUGGAAUUGUGAUAUCCUUCACCAGAUUUUUGGCCAACAAAUGGGAGAUAGGAUUUGUAAAAUUAAACGUCUCCCGUGUGAUUACAACGAUAUGCUUAUUUGGAAGAAUGCUCAAGAUGGAAGAUUUACAACAAAGAGAGCUUACUCAGAAUUGGUUAAGCUCAACACAAGUCAGAGAAGUGUCAAAUGGGAGAUGAUUUGGAACAACAAACUACACCCAAGGGUCUCGAUGAUGCUUUGGAGAGUGAUGGGAGGUUGUAUUCCAGUCAGGGCGAAUAUGAAGUUUCUCUCGGACAAAGGUUGUGUUUUGUGUGAUGGAGAACUUGAGUCGACCAAACACUUAUUCUGGGAUUGUCCAUUUGCUAGAGCAUUAUGGUUUUCGGGUCCUUUUCCUGUUGGAAGUAUGAACUCGGGAGAUCAUGAUCUAAGUCAAAUUGUGGGUCAUCUCGGGGAUCAGUGCAAGGAAGAGGAGAGAGGGAAGUUCCUUACUUUCGUUGGAACUCUGUUUGAUACAAUCUGGUUCUCUAGGAAUGCAGUCCUUUUUAGAGGUAAUCAGGUGAAUGUGCUGGAAAAAGUAUGGUGUGUUCCGAAUUCGGUUCAUGGUUUCUUCGUCACGGACGCUUCUUGGAAAGAAGGUAGGGCUGGUAUUGCUGUUGGGUGCCAAGAUAGACAGAGUGGUAAGUGGUUAUGGUCUGCUAAAGCUAUGGAUGCUGACUCUGCUAUGGAAGCCGAAGCUUUAGCAGUUUUUUGGGCAUUGCAAAUGGGAUCAGAAUGUGGUUUCCGUUCCAUUGCAGUCGCGUCUGAUGCCCUGCUUUUGGUUCAAUCAUUGACUGCUCGAAAACUUCCUCCUUGUUGGAAGUCAAGGGCUGUGGUUGCUAAGAUAUGGAGUUUGUUUGAUGUCUUUACUAGUUGUGUUUUCAUCCAUUUGAAUAGGAUUGACAAUGGUCAAGCUGAUGCACUUGCAAAGCUUGCGCGAAACAAUGAGUCUUUUCUGGAUUUUAAGUUAAGGGAGGGAUCCCCUUUUGUGAUUCCCAACUAUGUUUUCUUUAAUUAA